AUGACAUCCAGACGCUCCCAGUUCGCCAAAGAGGCGCCUCCUGGAGCUUACUUCCAAGACCCACCAUACGUUUACACUGUCCAUCAAGAUCCGUUCCGAAAGGUGCCUGCUCGCAUGGCUGAAGACUACAGCCCCAUGUAUCCUCCCUCUUCAGCUGCAACAAACAUCUUCGUUCCUGGCUGCUGCCGUCAUCGCCGCCGUGCAUCCCGGUACUCAAAGACCUACGAGAGCGAAGGCUCAACCAAAAGCUAUGCUUCUUACGAAGAUGUUCAACCUGCUCAGCCUGUGGAUCGUCUCCCACCACGCAUCGCUCUGAAACAACUCUCUGAUUUUCUCCACGAAGCUGGUAUCUUCUACAACACGCAGCUCAUGGACUUUGCGCGUGAGCACCAACGUCAAGGCCACGACACCUCCAACGAGGCCCUUCGACAGUGGCUCUGGAACGACUGGACCCGAUCUCGCGAUAACCCUACCCGCGAGAACUUUACAUCUACCAAGGCGAGCAUUACACUCUUGCUUCGUCAGGUUGAAACCGCGAUUGCGACGCCUUGGCUAGAGAACGCAGACCGAAACGUCAGAUUCGACUUCAGCUACAAAGUUCUCAAGAGUUCUUGUGAUGAGGUUGUCAGAUUGUCAGGCAAGGUCAUGAGCGAUUGGCAAACUUGUCGAUUUCUGGCUGUCGAGCUCAAGAACGCCCGUGUCUAUGCCGACCCGGAGGGCCCUGUUCUGAGACAUUUGUUUGUGGGGUGGGAGAAGGGCGAGCCUUGGUGA